AAAGGUUGCCGAGUUCCCCGCAUCGCCCCCCGCCCCGAGCGAAAGCUGAAGCGGGAGCUGAGGCGGAAGCCGCGGCGGGAGUCAGCGCUGACAGCAGUGUUGAGCCAAAAAGAAGAGCAGAGCAAUUUCUGAACUUCAUUGCCAUCUCUCUGAAACUGGAGUGGGAAGGGCCAAAGCCCUUGGCAGCUUUAAGACAAGAUGAGGACCGUGCUCAUGGUUGCAGAAAAGCCAUCCUUGGCCCAGUCUAUUGCUAAAAUCCUCUCUCGAGCUCUCUGGAGUUGACUUGGUUCAAGAUAGCAAGUGCUAACGAGGCACCUUGGUAUCAGUCACUGGGGGAUGCAUUUACUGCCGCACCUGGAAACAUGUCCUCACGCAAAGGGCUGAACGGAACAUGCUCAGUGCACGAGUACACAGGGACUUUCGCUGGCCAGCCCGUCCGCUUCAAGAUGACAUCUGUCUGUGGUCAUGUGAUGACCUUGGAUUUCCUGGGAAAGUACAACAAGUGGGACAAGGUGGACCCUGCAGAGCUGUUCAGCCAAGCCCCAACAGAGAAGAAGGAAGCUAACCCCAAGCUGAACAUGGUGAAGUUCCUGCAGGUGGAAGGCAAAGGCUGCGACUACAUCGUGCUGUGGCUGGACUGUGACAAGGAAGGGGAGAACAUCUGCUUUGAGGUACUGGAUGCCGUGCUGCCCAUCAUGAAUCCAACCCACGGUGGCGAAAAGACGGUGUUCCGGGCCAGAUUCAGCUCCAUCACGGACACGGACAUCUGCGCCGCCAUGGCCCGCCUGGGCGAGCCCGACCAUAACGAGGCGCUGUCGGUGGAUGCCCGGCAGGAGCUGGACCUGCGCAUCGGCUGCGCGUUCACCAGGUUUCAGACUAAAUACUUCCAGGGAAAAUAUGGCAAUCUAGACAGCUCCCUUAUCUCCUUUGGACCAUGUCAAACCCCUACCCUGGGCUUCUGUGUGGAGAGACACGAUAAAAUCCAGUCCUUCAAACCAGAGACCUACUGGGUGCUACAGGCCAAGGUUAAUGCCGAUAAAGACAGAUCUCUUCUUUUGGACUGGGACCGAGUGCGAGUGUUUGACCGGGAAAUCGCACAGAUGUUUUUAAACAUGACAAAGCUGGAGAAGGAAGCCCAGGUGGAGGCCACAAGCCGGAAAGAGAAGGCCAAGCAGAGGCCCCUUGCCCUGAACACUGUGGAGAUGCUGCGAGUAGCUAGCUCUUCUCUGGGCAUGGGGCCACAACAUGCCAUGCAGACUGCCGAGCGGCUCUACACGCAAGGCUACAUCAGCUACCCGCGGACUGAGACCACCCACUACCCUGAGAACUUUGACCUGAAGGGCCCUCUGCGGCAGCAGGCCAACCACCCCUACUGGGCCGACACGGUGAAGCGGUUGUUAACAGAAGGUAUCAACCACCCACGGAAAGGCCAUGAUGCUGGUGACCAUCCCCCCAUUACCCCCAUGAGGUCUGCCACAGAGGCUGAAUUAGGCAGUGAGGCGUGGCGGCUCUAUGAGUACAUCACCAGACAUUUCAUUGCCACAGUUAGCUACGACUGCAAGUACCUUCAGAGCACCAUUUCCUUCCGUAUUGGUCCUGAGCACUUCACCUGCACAGGGAAGACCGUCAUCUCUCCAGGCUUCACGGAGAUCAUGCCCUGGCAGAGUGUGCCUCUGGAGGAGAGCCUGCCCACCUGCCAGAGGGGCGACACUUUUGCUGUGAGUGAAAUAAAGAUGCUGGAGAAGCAGACGAACCCACCCGACUACCUGACAGAGGCCGAGCUCAUCACACUCAUGGAGAAGCACGGCAUUGGGACAGACGCCAGCAUCCCCGUGCACAUCAACAACAUCUGCCAGCGCAACUACGUCACUGUGGAGAGCGGGCGCCGACUCAAACCCACCAACCUUGGCAUCGUCCUGGUGCAUGGCUACUACAAGAUUGAUGCAGAGCUGGUGCUCCCCACCAUCCGCAGUGCAGUCGAGAAGCAGCUGAACCUGAUCGCCCAGGGCAAAGCUGACUACCGCCAAGUCCUGGGCCACACCCUGGAUGUCUUCAAGAGGAAGUUCCACUACUUCGUGGACUCCAUCGCCGGCAUGGACGAACUGAUGGAGGUGUCUUUUUCACCCCUGGCGGCCACGGGCAAGCCCCUCUCCCGCUGUGGGAAGUGCCACCGGUUCAUGAAGUACAUUCAGGCCAAGCCCAGCCGCCUGCACUGCUCCCACUGCGAUGAGACCUACACCCUCCCCCAGAAUGGCACCAUCAAGCUCUACAAGGAGCUCCGGUGCCCACUGGAUGACUUCGAGCUGGUCCUGUGGUCCUCAGGCUCUAGGGGCAAGAGCUACCCACUGUGCCCCUAUUGCGCCAAUCACCCGCCCUUCCGAGACAUGAAGAAAGGCAUGGGCUGCAAUGAGUGCACACACCCCACCUGCCAGCACUCGCUUAGCAUGCUGGGCAUCGGCCAGUGCGUGGAAUGCGAGAGCGGCGUGCUGGUGCUGGACCCCACCUCAGGCCCCAAGUGGAAGGUGGCCUGCAACAAGUGCAAUGUGGUGGCGCACUGCUUCGAGAACGCCUACCGCGUGCGGGUGUCCGCCGACACCUGCAGCACCUGUGAGGCUGCCCUGCUGGCUGUGGACUUCAACAAGGCCAAGUCCCCGCUCCCAGGUGAUGAGACACAGCACACGGGCUGCGUCUUCUGCGACCCCAUCUUCCAAGAGCUAGUGGAGCUGAAGCAUGCGGCCUCCUGCCACCCCAUGCACCGUGGCGGGCCAGGAAGGAGGCAGGGCCGGGGGCGGGCCCGGGGCCGUCGGCCCACAGUGAAGCCCAGUGCCAGGCGGCCAAAGGACAAGAUGUCAGCCCUGGCUGCCUACUUUGUAUGACAGCCCCGCCAUCCCUUGCCAGGCUCACACAGUUGCCCUUGGGGCCACAGAAAUCAUUAAAACGUAUUUUGCCUUCUCCAGA